AUGGGCAGCGUCGCUAACCCCAAGACCGGAACUUUCCUGUUCACCUCCGAGUCCGUCGGAGAGGGUCACCCUGAUAAGAUUGCCGACCAGGUCUCCGAUGCCAUCCUCGAUGCCUGCCUUGCUGAGGACCCCCUCUCCAAGGUUGCCUGCGAGACUGCCACCAAGACUGGUAUGGUCAUGGUUUUCGGUGAAAUCACCACCCAGGCCAAGCUCGACUACCAGAAGGUCAUCCGUGGUGCCAUCCAGGACAUCGGCUACGAUGACUCCGCCAAGGGUUUCGACUACAAGACUUGCAACGUCUUGGUUGCCAUUGAGCAGCAGUCUCCCGAUAUCGCCCAGGGUCUCCACUACGAGGAGGCUCUUGAGAAGCUCGGUGCCGGUGACCAGGGUAUCAUGUUCGGUUAUGCCACCGACGAGACCCCUGAGCUCCUCCCCCUCACCCUUCUCCUCUCCCACAGACUCAACAGCGCCAUGAAGGAGGCCCGCAACGACGGCUCCAUCCCCUGGCUCCGCCCCGACACCAAGACCCAGGUCACCAUCGAGUACGCCCACGACAACGGUGCCGUCAAGCCCCUCCGUGUGGACACCAUCGUCAUCUCUGCCCAGCACAGCGAGGACGUCACCACUGAGGAGCUCCGUGCUGUCCUCAAGGAGAAGAUCAUCAAGAAGGUCAUCCCCGCUGAGCUCCUCGAUGACCGCACCGUCUACCACCUUCAGCCCUCCGGCCGCUUCGUCAUCGGUGGUCCCCAGGGUGAUGCCGGUCUGACCGGUCGUAAGAUCAUCGUCGACACCUACGGUGGCUGGGGUGCCCACGGUGGUGGUGCCUUCUCCGGUAAGGACUACUCCAAGGUCGACCGCUCCGCUGCCUACGUUGCCCGUUGGAUCGCCAAGUCCCUUGUCAACGCUGGCCUUGCCCGCCGUGCUCUCGUCCAGCUCUCCUACGCCAUCGGUGUCGCUGAGCCCCUCUCCAUCUUCGUCGAGACCUACGGCACCUCCGAGAAGUCCUCUGACGAGCUCGUCGAGAUCAUCCGCAACAACUUCGAUCUCCGCCCCGGUGUCAUCGUCAAGGAGCUCGACCUGGCCAAGCCCAUUUACUUCCAGACCGCCAAGAACGGUCACUUCACCAACCAGUCCUUCUCCUGGGAGAAGCCUAAGGCUCUCAAGUACUAA